AUGCGCAGACUCUCUCUUCCCAACUGCAUCCACGCAUCGCUUUCGUUUCUUUAUUUUUCUUACGUCGAGCCCGGCAAUUCGUUUCCCUGCAGCAUUAUCGGUCCUUUUCAUUGUUCGCUGCAUCUCUAUCCGAGAAGAAUAGUCCCUCCUUCAGCCCACGACUGCGCCUUUAUCUAUUUAAAGCGCCAGUCGGGAACCUCGUAUUCCACUGACUGCGCACUUUUCUUGGUAUUCCUUUUGCUUCGGACUCUUUGUUUCUGUUCAGCAAUCCAGCAUCUGUCAAAGUCUCAGAAUCAGUUUCUCUUUUUUUUAUUUCAGUCUCUAUCAACCGGUAGCCGCCGCUCCGACACGAUCCAAAUGUCGAUCUUGAAUCUCCUUGUCCUUGCCCUGGCAGGACUUAGCGAAGCCACCCGAUCCAACAAGCGCGGCCUCGUCUUCACUCCCAACUCAGAAUGGCCAGAAGACAACAAGGUCUGGACACAAAAGGGUGGUGACUUGACAUGGUACUACAACUAUGGCAGCCGCCCGUCUGCCGCCUUUGCCGAUAUCCCCCAGGAACAGUUUGAAUUCAUCCCGAUGAUGUGGGGAAUUGACAAGGGCAACCCCAACUCGACCGAUUGGCUCAACGAAGUCAAGACAGUGAUUGACUCGGGUGUCAAGAUUACACACGCAAUGGGCUUCAAUGAACCAGAUGGCAAAGCCGAAUGGGGAGGUAGCGACAUCGAUCCGCACCGCGCGGCGAUUGCCUGGGUCGCAAACUUUGAACCCCUGGGCAAGAUGGGCAUUAAGCUUGGAUUGCCUGUGUGCACAGGAUCGCCCGAUGGCCUCACCUGGACGAAACAAUUCAUGGCCAACUGCUCAGAGAUUGUAAGUCAGGGAGGACCCAAGAAGAACUGCACUUGGGACUUUUUGCCUGUGCACUGGUACGACAACUUUGGCGGCCUCAUGUCUCAUAUCGGCGAGCGUCGCGCCAACUUCCCCGGCGCCGAAAUUUGGGUCACUGAGUACGCCCUUGCGCACCAAGACCUCCAGCCCACACAGCAGUUCUACAACCAGACGAGCGAAACCUUCGACCGAGAAACAUACAUUGGUCGCUACUCAUACUUUGGCGCCUUCCGCUCGCAAAAGUCCAACGUUGGCCCCAACGCCACGUUCCUCGACACGAAAGGCAAGCUGACGGAUAUUGGCUCCUGGUAUCUUGGCUUUGGCGCUACUGGCGUCAACCCCCAGAGCAAAGCGGCUAAUCCCAAGGGCUCGCGCGGGCUUGCUCCCACUGCUGUUGCCGGUGCUGCUGCUGCAGGAGUUGUCUUGGCCAAUCUACUGUAGAAUUGUAAUGGCCAUGACAGGUUCCUCGCAGCGCGUGGGGCUCAUGAUAAAAGAAUUGUGUUUAUGGGUAGUUUUAUUAUCUGGCGUUUUGGGAGUCAUAAAUUGAUACAUUGAACCAGACUUGGUCAUAUACGUAUAUACUUCAUAUACACUUCAUAUAUACUUCAUAUAUACUCCAGCUUCUUCUC